AUGGAGGUGAAAGCUACUUAUUAUGAAGUGUUAGGUAUAUCACCCGAUGCAUCUGUAGAGGACGUGAGGAAAGCGUAUCGAAGGCAAGCACUUGCCUGGCAUCCCGAUAAAAAUGUUGAUCGUCGUGAAGAAGCUGAAGCAAAAUUCAAAUUAAUUUCUGAAGCUUAUGAAGUUCUAAGUGAUAAUGAAAAACGAAGAAUUUAUGAUUUGUAUGGAGAGGAUGGAUUGAAAAAUAAUAGGGGUGAUACAAAUGGUCACUAUCCAGCGUUUAAAUUUCAGUUCCACGAUCCAGAGGAAAUAUUUAGACAAUUCUUUGGUGAUCGUAAUCCCUUUUUUGGUGGAGGUGGAUUUUUUGCUGAUCCAUUCUUCGGUGGAAUGUUUGAUCCACCAGGAUCUCGAAGUCGUAGUUUCGGUUUUGAUGAUCCGUUCUUUUCAAAUGGAGGAUUUGGGGGAACAUCCUCAUCAUUCAUGUUCUCUUCUAGCUCCAUGGGGGGAGGGGGUGUUUCACAGUCAACAUCAACAACUAUUGUUAAUGGUGUGAAGACCACUACCAUUACAAAGAGAGAUGCUCAGGGUAACGUAACAGUUAUCACAGAAUCGAAUGGUUCGCGACAAGUUACUGUAAAUGGAGUUCCUCAAAUAGAGAAUGGCACACAAAAUGGAAAUUAUAAUAGUGUCAGAAUACCAAUUCAAGAUGGGGGAUUACAACUUUCGCAUUACUUCCGAGUGUUCACUUUUGGACAGUUACCUUGGUUGGCUGUGAUGCAUCAAUAUGAGCCACAUGCCACUUCCAAUAAUUGA